AUGCGCUCUCCGUUCCUAUUGGCCCUGGCGGCUACAUCCGCCCUUGCAGUACACUCGAACACAUUGUUCAAUUUUACCAGUGGCAUCGAUAUCGAGAACAGUGAGCUACGGCCCAAUGGCCACCUACUUCUCACCACCUUUGAGAAAGGCCGUCUCUACAACCUGAAUCCAUACGCAAAUAACCCCAAAGCGGAGCUCAUCGCCUCGCUCCCGGGUGCUACUGCCCUUUGCGGGAUCACAACAAUCGCCUACGACAAGUAUGCCGUUAUAGGUGGUGUCCGCGGUAGCUAUCACUAUGACAACGAGACCAUCUACGCAGUCGACCUCAGUCAAGGUGCCUCCCAGCCUAUCAUUCAGAAAGUCGCUCAUCUCCCUGAUGCAAUCAUGCUCAACGGCAUGGCCGCACUACCCAAGCAGCCUCAUGUCGUUCUUGUCGGCGACGCAGUCCUGGGAGUCUUGUUCCGCGUGGAUACAACAACUGGAGCGUACAAGGUCGCAUUUAACAAUACUGCACUAGUCUCCCCAUCGACAUCAUCACUGCCCAUUGGGGUUAAUGGACUAAAGAUCGUCGAGAACGAUGUUUAUUUCACGAAUAGCGCAGGCGGUACUUUUGCUAAGGUUCCUGUGAGCGAUGAUGGACAGACAUUCGGUGCUGUGAAGGUCAUUGCUACUAUGGAUACCAGCAUUGGAGACUGGGAUGACUUUAUCGUGGAUUCUAAUGGCGUUGGCUAUCUUGCUCAGCCUACCCUCGGUGUUGCACAGGUGUUCCCAAAUGGUACUCACAGCAUCUAUGCUAGUGGUAUCUCAUCGGCUACUUCGGUCCAGAUCUCGAAAGAUGGAUAUGCGUAUGUGACGCAGAGUACUGGGUUGGUUGAUAGAUUCAAGCUUCCAUUGAACACCACCGUGGCAGAAGGCGAGGUCUGA